CGAAGAGGUAUUGGUCUAGAGCUUGGAACGUAAAAGGACUGAACUUCAACGUGAGCAUACGCAAGGCUCUACGCAAGGAAGCAAUUGUGAACGCUGUUUGUCAUGAAGAUAUCGCUUUUACCUAGUCGCCUGAAGGUGGCAUUCCUUGUCGUCACGGCAGCGACCAUGCUAAGCGUCGUGUUCCUCACGCAGCAAGUUGAGCGGAAGAUGGAGACGCCAUCCCUUCUUCCAGCAGUCGAGCAACGCCACCCGACGCUGCCGAAUACCUCUCUGAAGUCACAAGAUGCACAGCCGGACUCUCUCCCUCCCUCAGUUACUCAGCAGCAAAGCAACGCAACGGUAUCUACGGAGGGGCAGUGCCCGGUUCGGAUCGAUUCGCUGGAUGGGACGCAAGGAAUGAACACUGAAUGGCACAGUGGAGGCUGGGCGGUCCGCCGACGUUGCAGCCAACCUCUGGACACACUCUUCUUCGUGCACACUGCGCCGAAAAGCUGGAAGAACCGCGUCCACCUGCGGGCCACUCUCUUCGAAGAGGCGGCUACGAGGUUCUUCAACUGGACAGUCAUCUUCUUCGUUGGCAAUACCGAUGACCCCGUAGUGUGGCGCUGGACGAAGCUCGAGGCAGAAGUGAUGGGAGACGUGGUGAUGCUGCCGUACAACGACACGCUCCUGACCGUGCUCCAUAAAUUUAUCGGUGGCAUGAGAUGGGUGAUCGACUACUGUCCCAACGUGCGAAGCAUCGUCAAGAUCGAUGAUGACGUCGGCGUACACCCGUUCGAGCUCCGGCGAUACCUUGAAGAAAAGCUGCCGCAAAGAAACAACUAUAUGCACUGCUUCGUUUGGUUAAAUAAUAAGGUUUACCGCGAGUCAUUCCACAGGUUCUGCAUCAGGGAGGAAGACCUCCCGCAAGACAGUUAUCCUCUGUUCUGUUCUGGUCGCUCCGUGAUCCUGACGGUGGACACCAUGCGGAAGCUUUUAAGAGCCUCCAAGAUUGUAAGGGCUUUCGCCACGGAUGACGCCUACGUGACCGGACAACUGGCCUUGUUCGCCAACGUUGGGCACAUAUUUAUUAACGCCAGGAUGGAUUGGAGCAUUUCGGACAAGACCGAAUCUAUGCUGGAAGGAAAAUUUAUAUUCACGCACGAGUUCUUUGAAUACGGAAAUUCAAUGGACCGCAGAGCACACUGGGGAUUGGUGCUCUGGAAGCAUAGGAUGCAGGCUACCGGUUUGCACCAGUUAAACUUGUCUUACCGACUUGAAGACAAGCUGUACAGACGUGAUUUUCAGAGAACACGACGUGCCCUACAAGUAUCGCUCUUGUACUUGCAAGCGCCCGAACAUUAAUUUUCUUCCAAACAGCGGGGCAGAAAAACAUUGCCGUGUGCUUGUGAUUGGUACGUUUGUGAGCGGACUGAUGAAGGUGUACCGCGAAUGCGAACUCAAACGCUUUGCAGUCGCAUGUUGAGCUAGUCUAGAAAUAGUGCAGGCUUACGGCAAUAAAGCGCCACCUUGUUGCCUCCACGAAUAUCU